AAGGAACGAGAAUAUAUGAGCAAAGAAGUAGAGGAGAGGGAAGAAGAAAGAGAAGAAUUUUUGGAGAAAAUAUCAAAACUUCAGCAGAUUUCAAGGAAAACUGGAAAGAGCAGAAAAAGAAUCAAAAGCGGAAACAAUUGUGAAAGAGGUGCUCCCCUCGGGGGAGACGGGGGGCCUGGUGGGGCCCGUGAGGGAGUAAGUGGACAGAUUGCUUCUCCUGAAGAUUUAACUGAAAAUGGUUCUGAUGGCCCCCAGGAUAAAAAUAGAAGCCUAGAGGAAGUUUUAAGUAAACUUUAUAAACAGAUCGGUGAGUUUGAUGAACUAAAGACAGGAUUCAAGAAUACUCUACUUGAAAAGGAAAUUGAAAUCAGAGAUUUAAACGUUGAUCUGGAGAAACUACAAGCCCAGCUAGACGAGGCCGAACAGAGCAGAGCACAUCUACACCAGGCCGAACAGAGCAGAGAACUUUAUAUUCAAAGCUUAGACUUCAAUCAACGGACAGCAUCUAAGAUUAGUGAAUGCUCGGGGAAUGAAGGAAAUAUUCUUUUUGAACUUCUUAACGAGAGAAUAAAGGAGGUAGAAAUAGAAAAUGAGAGAUUGAAAGCCAGCGCCAUCUUUCAUGAUCAGCUGAUUUUACAGAUAAAAGAGAUAAACAGCAAAAUAAAAGAUCAAGAACUUGAGAAAAAUAAAACUGAGCACAGCGAUGUAUGCAUCUUUGAACCUGGAUCCUUUGAACCUGAAACCAUGCCUGAGUUUCUACAGUUGCAAGAACUAGAGGAGUUAAAUCAGAAUGUAACAAAACUGCUCAAAUCCAGAGAACUUGAGAAGAUGUCAUCUAUUAAAAGGAAAAGUGUUGAUAUCUCAAAUCAGAUCCCAGAAGGGAAUAAAGAUAUAAAGGAAGAACAAGGAUCAACAAUUGUUUUAAGUAGAAAAGCAGAGGGGCGGAGCUCCCUAGCUGAAAUAGAACUGCAAGAGAAAAGAAUUUUACAAGCUCAGAAAGAAAAUGAAGAAGCUGAGCGUGAAACAGAAUACAAAAUGGCUCUAGGCUGGCAGAUGCAAGAGGACGAAGGAAGCUCUACAUUAGGAAGACGAUCUGAAAGUGUAGAGCAGCUUAGUAGACUGGUGAAACGUGAACUAGAAAUUUCCGAUCACCUAGACCGAGCUAUUCUAUCCUAUCAGGACCAGGAAGGGUAUGGAGUGGAGGGGAAGGAAGGGUAUGGGAUGGGGGAGGUUGAGGGGAGAGAUGAGCUUGAACAUCGUCUAGAGAUGAUUUCCCAGCAGAUUGUAGAAAAACUUCUUAGAAAAAUUGGAAAUACAGGAUUCCUCAACUCCAACUCACUUGAAACUUUUAAAAAGGAACCUUUGAUGCUGACAACAGAAGCUUUGUUUAACCCCAAAGAAGAAGAGUUUACCAUUAAAGAUGAAUUGAACCAUAAAUCAGAAGAUAAUCUUAAUGUCGGAAAAAAGACAGAAAGGAAGAAAGCAAAUGAAGAAAGAGAAGUAGAAAGAAUAAACUUUCAACUAGAAAAGAGUAGAUAUGAUUUCAAGCAGAUGCAAUCAGCAGUUCAUAAGGAAAGACAGCAAUGUUUGAGUUUAAUGGAAAGACUGGAAGUAGAGAAAGCAGAUAAACUUGAACUAGAACUUCAGCUAGAUAAACUGCAGGAUGAAAUGAGAGAGUUGGAAUCACAGCUAAUUAGACACAGAGAUGAGAUAGAAGAGUUGACCGCACUUUACCAUUCAGAGAAGGAACAGAAUAGAACACUAGAGGAAGUUCUAGGAUUUGAGAAACAAAACUUGAUAAAACUCAAUGCAUCAUUAGACAAGGAAAGACAAAGAUCCCGUGAGGUCUCUAUCAGAGAUACUGACACCAUUCUCGAGCUUAGAACAGCUCUGGAAGUUGAGAAAGAAAAGGGAAGCCGACUAACCCUGUAUUCCCCCCAGCUGGGAAUUAAAUCCCUUUAUGGAAGCAGUAGACACUCCCUUCCAGGGUUCAGAUCUCCUGGUGGGUUACCAGAAAUAUCUGUGGAUAACCUACUUCUAGACACAGAGAAGGAAGAUAUUUUAUCAGAUUUAGAAGAUGAAAGAGAACGCUGUGAUAAACUCAAGGAAUGUUUGGAAAUUGAACGGGAACGUUAUUCUCAAUUGGAACAGUCGACUCAGAUUGAGUUGAACGAGAUUAUGAAUCAGGUUUCUGAAUCUCAGGAAACUGCUCUCCAGUUUAAAAAGAAAUAUGAGGAUACAGAAUUGUACAAUGCUGAGCUUGUACAACAAAUUGAAACAUCGCAAGAAACUAUUCAAAACCUUUCUCAGGAAUUGGAGAAUAUGGAACUUAAACUUCAGAAGAAGCAAAGUGGGGAAGUAAAUGGAAACCAGAAAUAUGAUGCAUUUUAUAUGGAGGAUCUUGAGGCAAAAGUUGAAGCGCAUCGGGUUCGGGAGAUGGAACUUGAAGAACAAAUCAGUUUGUUACAGAAGGGUGACAGAUCUGCCCGUAGUUCUCCUUCUUAUCAGUUAAUUAAGACUGGAAGCUUUGCAAUGACAGCCAAACAUCUACCACCUGACCCACAGGAACAGGCAGUUUACUUUUAUCGUCUUCUUCUGCGGGCAGAAAGUUAUAGAAAAGGACUGGUCUGGCAGAAGAGAUACCUUUCACUUCUCCUUUCUUCAUAUCAGGAAUCUGAAAUGGUAGCUUUGGAACGGCUAGCUAGGAUGUCAGGGGCUAGGAGGACACUUAUAGCUGACACACAACACUCCAGACAUGCUAGGCCAUCAUUCAAGGUUGUUGCAAUGACAGUUAUAGCUGUACAACGGAUGAAGUUCCUUGUGAAGAGAUGGAGAAAAACAAGACGAUCUCCAACGAUGGCGCCAAAUUCAACCCAGAAUGAGAGUUGGGUUUUAAAGUCUAAAGUUCCAGUGCGCCAAGAGACAAUUAAUAGAUCCCCUCAACUGGACUUUUCAAAGAAAAAGUAGCAUUUAGAAUUCUUCUGAGAUAAAAAGUAGCUAAUGAGAAUUCUAUCGAGGAUGAUUUAAGUAGUGUCAGAAAAUUGUCGAGAAUGAAGAGUGUCAAAAAGUAGCAUCAGAGUAUUCUUUGGAUGUUUCUGAAAUAGCUCCUCAAAAGUAGUAACUGAGUCUUUGUUAGAGAAAGAUAAAGUAGUAUCUAAAUAGCUUACUUAGAGUGUGAACUGCAAUUUCAAUAUUUAUCUGAGAUUUAAAUAUUUUCUGAUGAGGAAAAACGAACUUAUUAACACAUUCAUGGGGGAAGUGGAAGUCGCUUAAAAUCUCUGCCAAUCUAGUUUGUGAACCAGUAGAGAAAUUUAUUCUCCAAAAUGCAUGAACAUAUUUGAGAAGUCGCAGUCUUUUGAAAGUCUUCCCGAGAGUCCAAAAAAAUAACACCAGAGAAUUCCUGUAGAUGAAGAAGUAGCAAAAAUCAUGUAAAAAAAAACAUUUGAAAAGCUCAAAAUCAGAAGAAAGAUUAACGGAAAAUUCUAUGAUUUAGAAUAUUCGUUAAAGAAAGUAGUAUCACAUGAAAAUUCUUGAAAGGGAGAAAGAAGCAGGAAAAAAUAAAAAAUAUAUUCCCCCCACAAAAAAGUAGAAUUUACAAAAAACGACAUUUUAAAAAUCUCAACAGUUAAAGAAGAAGAAAUUCUUGUAUUAGGUAAAUUAGAAAUAUUUCGGAAAAUACUUUCUGUGAAAGCAUAUCUUUGUUUUUUACCUGCAGGGUUACCCACUAAGGAUGAGACAUCAGAGAUAACUUUGUACAGAAUUUAUAUU